AUGGCUGUCGAAAGUGAAAUCUCGCUCCCCGAGUCCCCCAUUCAGUCUCCUAGUGGAUCACCUCCACCUAUCCCAGUAGCAGCUCAGUCCACCAACCCUAAGCUGGCAGCUCAGGCUGCUGCCCAGGCAGAUGGCAAGAACAUCGUCAGGCGGAAGUUGACCGGAUAUGUCGGUUUCGCCAACUUGCCCAACCAGUGGCACCGAAAGAGUGUCCGUAAGGGAUUCAACUUCAAUGUUAUGGUUGUUGGUGAAUCUGGACUGGGUAAAUCUACCCUCGUAAACACCCUGUUCAACACCUCCCUCUACCCACCAAAGGAGCGCAAGGGACCUUCGCUCGACAUUAUCCCAAAGACCGUGUCCAUCCAAUCCAUCUCUGCCGAUAUUGAGGAGAAUGGUGUUCGUCUGCGUCUUACUGUCGUAGACACUCCCGGUUUCGGAGAUUUCGUUAACAACGACGAGUCAUGGCGCCCUAUCGUUGAUAACAUCGAACAGCGAUUCGAUGCUUACCUAGAUGCGGAGAACAAAGUCAACCGUUCUAACAUCAUAGACAACAGGGUACACGCCUGUGUUUAUUUCAUCCAGCCCACUGGACACGCGUUGAAGCCCUUGGAUAUCGAGGUUAUGAGGAGACUGCAUACCAAGGUCAACUUGAUCCCUGUUAUUGCAAAGGCCGAUACUUUGACAGAUGAGGAGAUUGCCGAUUUCAAGAAGAGGAUUCUUGCGGAUAUCAACCACCAUCAGAUUCAGAUCUUCGAGGGGCCCCGUUACGAGCUGGAUGAUGAUGAGACGAUUGCCGAGAACAACGAAAUCAUGUCCAAGGUCCCCUUUGCAGUAGUCGGUGCCAAUAGCGAGGUCACAAACCCUGAUGGUCGCAAAGUUCGCGGUCGUCGUUACCCUUGGGGUAUCAUUGAGGUGGACAACGAGGAGCACUGUGACUUUGUCAAGCUCCGCCAGAUGUUGAUUCGCACGCACAUGGAGGAGCUCAAGGAGCACACAAACAACUUCCUGUACGAGAACUACCGUUCGGAGAAGCUUACCGCUAUGGGUGUUGCCCAAGACCCGAGCGUGUUCAAAGAAGUCAACCCGGCUGUCAAGCAGGAAGAGGAGCGAACGCUCCACGAGCAGAAGCUCGCAAAGAUGGAGGCGGAGAUGAAGAUGGUGUUCCAGCAGAAGGUUGCGGAGAAGGAAAGCAAGCUCCGGCAAUCGGAACAGGAGCUAUACGACCGCCACAGGGAGAUGAAAGAGCAGCUCGAGAGACAGAGGAUCGAACUCGAGGAAAAGAAAUCCAGGGUCGAGAGUGGAAGACCUCUGGAAGAAAAGGGAAAGAGGAAGGGUUUCUCACUACGUUAA